CUGAUGAUCAGUGCAAACUCACAUUUGAAGAAGUGUGACCGCAGUCAGCUGCCCAGCACUUGAUAUUCCUAAGAGUAACUUGCAACAUGGAUCGCUGGAAAGGCAGGGUUGCUCUUGUCACUGGGGCUUCAGUGGGAAUCGGAGCUGCAAUCGCAAAGUCUCUUGUGCAGCAGGGCAUGAAGGUGGUCGGAUGUGCCAGAAAUCUAGAGCAAAUACAGAAUUUGGCAGCGGAGUGUGUCAGUAGUGGAUUCAGCGGCACUCUGUUCCCGUAUAAAUGUGAUCUGUCUGUAGAGGAAGAAGUGUUAUCCAUGUUCUCCUGGAUCAAAGUUCAACAUCAGGGCAUUGACGUGUGCAUUAAUAAUGCUGGUUUGGCUCUCCCAGAGCCUCUAUUGAGUGGCAAAACCAGUGGCUGGAGGACUAUGAUGGAUGUGAAUGUCAUUGGCCUGUCAGUGUGCACCCGUGAAGCUUACCAGUCCAUGAAAGAAAGAAAUAUUGAUGAUGGCCACAUCAUUAAUAUUAACAGCAUGAGUGGACAUCGGGUUGUUAACAAUGCUGAUUCACACUUCUACUCUGCCAGCAAAUAUGCUGUGACUGCUCUCACUGAAGGUCUCCGGCAAGAGUUACGCGAGGCUAAAACACACAUACGUGCCACGUGUAUAUCUCCUGGUUUAGUGGAGACAGAAUUUGCUUACCGGUUCCUUAGUCAAAACCCAGAAAAGGCUGCUGCUACAUAUAAAAGUAUAACGUGCCUGCAAGCAGAUGACAUAGCAAACGCAGUGGUGUAUGUCCUAAGUGCUCCUCCUCAUGUUCAAAUCGGUGACAUUCAGAUGAGGCCUGUGGAACAGUUGAUUUAACUUGAAGAGAUAAACAGGAACAGGCAUCACUGACAUCUCAAUCAUCUUAAAAGCUCAAUAUAGUUUUAAAUUUUAAAUGUUGGGAAAACUACAAGAAUGUCCCUAUAAACUGUUUCUGCACUCCAGAUAUUUUGAAAUGCAAAUUACAAGAACACAGAGCACUGAUCUGUCAAAUCACGAAGUUUACAUUUUAUAAUUACUUAUAAAAUCUAUAUGUUAUAUGAAAAUCACUAUAAUUAGUAUUGGAGAAUGUAUGCAAAGUGCGUUGGGUGGUUUUGGGAUCAAAUGCUUUACAUUAUACUGAUGAACAUACAGUUGUGAUCAGACUUAUUGGCACCCCUGGUAAAAAUGAUCAAAAAUAUCUAUAAAAAUAAAUCUGCAUAGAUUAUCCUUCUGAUAUUUCAAUUAAAAAAAUAGCAAAAACUGUAACCUUGCCUUUCAAUGAAAUAAGUGGGGGGGAAAUUACAUUAUGAAAUAAAUGUUUUUCUCCAAAACAUACUGGCCAUAAUUAUUGACACCCUCUUAUUAAAUUCCCUUUUCCAAGAUAACAGAUCUAAAUUUUCUCCUAUAAUGCCUGAUGAGUUUGGAGAACAACUGACAAGAGAUCAGUGACCAUUCCUCCAUACAGACUCUUCAGAUUCCCAGAUCCAUGUUGGUGCUUCUCUUUAGUUCAGGUCAGGGAACUGGGACGGUCAUGGGAGAAGCUACAAUUUGUGCUCAGUGUCUCUUUUGUGUUGAUUUUGAUGUUUGUUUUGGAUCACUGUCCUGAUGGAAGAUCCAACCCUGGCCCAUUAUAAGAUUUCUAGCAGAGGCCAUCAGGUUUUGAUUUUUUUAUCUGUUGAUAUUUGCUAGAAUCUAUGAUAUGUAUCUGAACAGAAGUCCAGGACCUCCAGCAGAAAAAUAAGCCCACAACAUUAAAGAUCCAACGGUUUAUUACAUUUUAAACAUGGGGUACUUUUUAUCCUUGUGUGCACCAAACACAUCUAGUGUGUUUGCUGCCAAAAAACUCUUUUUUUAGUUUCAUCUGACCACAGAACCCUGUGCCGUUUUAAGUUCCAGUCAUGUCUGACAACUGAAUUUGCUGGAGUUUGUUCUUGGAUGAGCCAGGAGGAUUUUUCUUGAAACCCUCCCAAACAACAUGUGGGGAUGUAGGGAUUGUUUGAUUUUUUGUUUUAUAUAUAGGCUUUCUGACACCAAGAAUCAACUAAUCUCUGCAUUCUCCAUCUGUGAUCCUUGAUGAGUCUUUGACUCUUUUUCCACUCAAACUUUCCUCCUCCCUGUGCAUUAAGGCAAUAUAAAUACCCGUCUUCUUCCUGGCAGAUUCGCAACAUCUUUAGUUGAUUGGAACUUCUUAAUUAUUGCCCUGAUGGUCAAAAUGGGGAUUUUCAACUCUUUAGCUAUUUUCUUACAUCCACUUCCUAUUUUGUGAAGCUCAAUAAUCUUUUGCUGGACAUCAGAACUAUAAUUUUUGGUUUUACUCAUUGUAGUGGAUGAGAAAUAAGAGAAUUUGGCCUUUGUGUUUCCUCAUAUUUAAACUCCAUGUGAAACAAGAAGUCCUAGCUAGACAAUUACAUGUUUUUCACCCUGGUGUGUUAAUCGUUUAUCGUGGCCAAUGUGUUUUGGAGAAAACUAGCCACAGCCAUCUUUGAUCAUAUUUACCAGGGGUGCCGGUAAUUAUGACCACAACUGUAUAUGUUUUGUAGAUUGUUCCGGAAUUUUUUUUUUUUUUUUAAAUACAUUUCUGUUUAGUUCUGUCUGCAGUUCUGAGCUGCUAUUUUUAAUUGAU